GCGCCCGGUCUGUGUGUUUGGAGAAAAGGAGCGAGGCGAGCGGGGCGAUGGCGCUACGGCAGUGACAGACUGAGACUGUCCGGGAUCUUGCAGAGCGGAGCAGCGCGGAGAGUCCAGAUGGUCUGCGCUGUGUGAAGAUGAAGUUCUGUAAGCUCAAGCGGAACGCGAACGGACGGCGGCUGUAACGUAAAGCUGUGGGAAUCGCCAUCCCUCUUGAGUCUUGUCCAUCCAUCUGUGUCUCACUCACUGUCCUUGAGUGCUCUGAAAAUGAUCAGGACUGAGAGCAAAGGGGAGGGGACCCUCCGGAGUGUGUCCCCUCACAGGAAUGCGUAUAAAUCGGACUUCCACACCAUUAAAUGUGCCUUCGAUGCAGCCAAAGCUGAUGGUGUUAACAAGUCAUUUCCCAAUGGGUCCACUGACAGCCGGGAGGACGCAAGGGGGAGGGCCUUUGGCAACAGAGUCAAUAAGAUAAAGAACAUUUUCCUACAAAUGGACGGACAACAACAGGAGGUCCCGGAGGUCAGGACCUGCUCAAAGAGUGAUGUUUCCUGCUCCUCGCCACCAAAGCAUCUGUGUGCUACCAAUGCACAUAAAUCAAGUUUGGGAAGCAUCUCAGGUCCAGAGUCACCCACUUCAGAGAAAAGCCUGAAGGUAGACAGUGUGGAGAUUGACAAGGCAGCGCUGGCUGAGAAGUUCUCAGUAACCAGAAAGCUAUUUGAAAGGGGUGCAAAAGACCAGCCAUCAUCUGAAAAGCAGAUUCCUUCCAAAUUGACUGCACGGACAUCCCUGGGAAGCUUGACCGAUGAUGGGAAGAUCAUCAGGAAAUCUUCCGGAGGUCCUGAGAUCUCCACUGGUACUGACCGCAGCCCAACCUUUCCAGCUGGACGUGAGCCUGAGGCAAAUAGUGAUGGUGAGAAGAAACGAGUAUCGAGGGUGUCUCUGAACGCCGGGCCCAUUUCCAAGAGGUUGGAAAGCUUCAUAGUGGAUAGUGAUGGUGAGGAAACCAACAACAAAACCAAAAGAUCGGAGAGAGGCUCAGAACUGCAAAGCCCUGCUGAGUGCUCAAAACCCAUAUCUCCUUUAAACAGCAGCUCCCCCAAACCAACCUCUCCAGUUAUUACUGGUUCUCCCAAACCAGCCUUCCCAUUUGCUGCUGGCUUCCUGAAGCCUACCUCUCCAGUUACCACUGGUUCUUCCAAACCAACCUCCCCAUUUGCCACUGGUCCAUCCAAGCCCACCUUUCCAGUGAGUGGCUCUCCUAGAUUUCCAAACCUUCCUUCCCCUACUUCCUGUAACACAUCUGUCACCGCUGUACCUAAGCCACACAGCCCUCCCCCAAAUGAUCGGCAGCAGUCUCCAUCCUUCUCCAGUGGUUGCUAUGGCCCUGGCACAAGAGAGGUUCUUGACAAGGACAGCACUAACAAGCAUGUUCUUCAGAGCCCCACUAAGGAGACCCUAAGCAGACAGGGCAACUCUGUGGAUCCAUGUGGGCUCCGUACAGUUCGGGCUGAGUUAGUGGAGGUUCAGAAUGAAUCAUCAGAGAGCGAGGAGAAUGUUGCUGUUGAUGAUGAUGAUGAUGUGUUUGAGGAGUCAGGAGCAGAGCCUUUGAGAGAGCUGGACACAAAAAGUCCAAAGGAAGACUGGGAUGGACCUCUCAGAAACCAUCUCUUGCAGAGUGAGGAGGACAAGUACUCAGAUGACAGUCAGGUUGCUCAGGAUGAAGAUCGUGAAGGUGAUGUUUGCAACAGAAAGAAGACAGAGCAGGUGCAUCUGGUGGAGCAUGUUGAGAACAUGAAAAAAGGAGAAGAAAGGAGUGAGCAAACAGAUGACAGUCCAUCGUCUGUCACUGAUGGCAUCGAGAAUGCUGCCUUCGUGGAUGACGGGGACACGGAAUACGCCCAGGACUACGAGGAGCUGCCGGGUCUUUUGGAGGAGGAGGCCCCAAACCCACAUAGGAGAGUCAAGUUCUCCACUGCACCAAUCCGGGUCUUCACCAUGUACUCCAACAGGGAAUAUGACCGACAGAAUGACGAUGUGGACCCUGUGGCAGCAUCGGCAGAGUAUGAGCUGGAAAAGAGGGUGGAGAAGAUGGACGUGUUUUCUGUAGAGAUGGAGAAAGGUGACAAUGGGCUAGGGAUCAGCAUCAUAGGUAUGGGAGUAGGGGCGGACCAGGGCCUGGAGAAGCUGGGGAUAUUUGUCAAGACCAUUACAGAAGGUGGAGCUGCAGCAAGAGAUGGGCGAAUCCAGGUCAAUGACCAGAUUGUUGAAGUAGAUGGUAUCAGUCUGGUUGGAGUCAGUCAGCUCUUUGCAGCCACAGUCCUGAAAAACACUAAAGGCAAAGUCAGUUUCCUGAUUGGCCGCGAGAAGCCCGGCUCGCAGAGCGAGGUGGCGCGUCUCAUCCGCGAGACUCUGGAGCAGGAGAGGAGCCAACGCCGAGAGCGGCCGGAGGAGUCCUAUGAUCCAUCCACGGAGGAGGAAGAACACUACGAGCAAGAGGAAGGGCGGGACGAGGGCCGAAGCGCGAGGCCAGCAAAGCACUCGCUGGGAGCGGUCGAGUCUACGGGGAAUGACGACAUAUCACCCGUCAGCAUGGACUCGGCACAGCUGGGCAUCAGAUACAAACAGCUCCAGCUGAAGUACAGUGCAGCAACUGCAGAACUCCACCAAUUAAAAGAAAAGCUCAGAAUAUCGGAGGAAGACUGUAUAUUACGGCAGUCUAGACAAGCCCAGUUAGAGCAAAAUAUACAAGAGAAUAAUGAGAGGAUUGAAAAGCUUGAGAAGUACUGGCUGGAAGCACAGGUCCUGUGCAAAAAGGUCAACGAGCACUUGACGGAGACGCAGAGUCAGUAUGAAACCCUGGACAAGAAGUACAACAAGGCCAAAAAACUGCUGAAGGACUAUCAACAGAAAGAGAUUGAAUUUGUAAGGAAGGAGGAGGAUCUGAAGAAGGCUCUGGAUGAGAAGGAAAAGCAGUAUAGAGAGCAAGUGGAGAGACUGAGGGAGCGGGUUGCAGAACUGGAAGCUGGAGGCCUCAAGAUGCAGAUAAGAGCUCAGUCCAGUCUGGACAGUGCAGAUGCACAGGAUGGACCCCAGUCUCCUCUCAGGAACGGGCAGUCUGCGGAUACCCUGCUGUCUGACACAGACUGGAUCAGUGUGAUCCCUGAAACGCAGCUUUUGGACACGAGUGCCAACCGAACCAAAGGCCAGCUUGCCCAGAAGGCUAAACGCCAGCCGCCGACUCGCAGGAAACUGAAAGAGCAGUUGGGGGCCACCUCCAGCCAAAAGCAGGUGAAUGGACAGGGAGAGGAGGUGGAGCCGGUGGAGCCGGAGUUUCAGAAGAAUAGGCGGUCUAUUCAGGAAAGCCUGUCGCUGCCGCUGCCAGCAUCUACCCCUAGGAGCGCCUGGAAGGGCGUCACUGCAGAGGGCGUCACCAGUGGGAGAACCCCGCUGUCCAGCUCACCCUCCCUGCCCCUGCAGGAGGUCCAUCGGAGGGGCAGCGGGGGAAGCAGUGGCACUCCCAGCUUACCCUCCCCAGAGGGCGCCUCCUCCCCCGCCUCCUCGGUGGAUCUCCAGCCCAGUGCCCCCAUACGGGCAUCCAAGAGGAAGGGCAAGGGCAAGGAGGGAAAAGAGGAAACAAGUGAUGGCUCAUCAGUGGGAAAACCUAAGAGAAGAUUUCCUGAUUUUGGCGGCCUUCGGAAGUCUGGAGGCAGGGGGAAGAAGCAGCAGGAGAAAGAGGCCCACAGAGGAUCUCUCGAAAGCAGGGGCUCCGCUGACCUGCUGGAGGACGCUGCUGGGAACCUGUCUUCCGCAGAGUCCGUGUCCCCUGUCCCCAGCUGCAUGCCCUUUCUCCGGUUCGGGGACAAGGGCAAGGAGACGAUGACCUCCUCUACUGGCGACGUGGGCGCAGAGCAGCGCCAGGACCCGAAGAGCAAGAAUGUUUCGGUCUUAGAUGAGUCAGACCCUGGAAGUACCAGGUUGGGCUUGACAGGGCUAGUCGCAGAGCCCCAUCUGUCUGGGCGCUCACGCACUUUAACCUUCUCGUCCAGCCAGGUUUUGGAUGAUGAGCUCAUCCGUCCGGUGAAGGAGAAGGAGUACCAGUGGCAGAAUCGGCCCGUCAACGACUGGACCACCAAGCAAGUGUGCCACUGGUUGAUGGGAAUGAACAUGGACCAGUACACAGCCGAGUUCACAGCCAAGGGCGUCAAUGGGCAGCAGCUCAUGAUCCUCGACAGCGACAGGCUGAAGGCACUGGGUGUUUCAAGCCAGAGUGACCGGGCCACCAUUAAAAAGAAGCUGAAGGACAUGAGGAAGGCUCAGGAGAAGCUGGAGAAGCUGCGGGACAAGAGGGAGAAGGAAGCCAAGCGUAGUGGGAUACUGCCUGUUGGCACAGAUUCCUCGUGCUGAGGUUCCACUACACCGCCAAAGCGAGGCCACCUGGGCUGGAGCUCGGAGGCUCUCGAGAAGGCGACGUACGGGGAGACCGUGCCUGCUGCUUGGCCACCGUGUUCAUCUGCAUGCGGGACCAGCCUCGGGCAUGACUGGCGUUAGGCGGAUCACUGUGGGAUCAUCGCCAUGAUGUCAUUGGGAGGGCACCCCUGCAAAUACCUUGUGAAGGUUCCCGAACAACACUAGGGCUGGCGCUCUCAUUUGAUCCUUUUCCUCAUUGAAUGUUCUGCUUCAUCACUUCAAAGUGGUACCAUUCCAUCCUCCUUCGAUUGAGCCACGCGGGCAGUAAGCGAUGAGCAGGAGUACUGUCAGGUAUGAUGGGUGAGAAGGUCUGGCACUGAUCGCACCGCGCUGUACCCCUCUCCCCGACUCAGUGCUUCCGAUCACCAGGAAACUGCUUUCUCUGAGCUGCCUGCUUUUUCUGUCUCAUUGCAAUGUGCCCCCGUUCCGACGCUUUAUGCUACGGAUCACAAGUUUGGACAAAAGGAGCAAAGGAGAACUGGCUGAGCGGGCAUGGCCCAGAGCCUGUCUACUACAUGCAUCCUUUACCGCAUCCCACUCCUUUCAAGGUACAACAGGUUGUAAGCUCGUUGCAGAAACGUAAGGAUGUUAAGCCGAGUGUGCAAAUGUUGACGGGGGUCCGGUGUAAAUUUUACGUUUUUAGCGCAUUUGAGCGUCACUGCAGUUAUUUUAAGAAGCAUUACCUCAUUCUUUUACUCCAGAAAUAAAUGUCUCACUUUUACGUAGACCUGAGGGACAGAUACUGCUUUUCAAGUUUUCUACUAAAUUUUUUACAAGAAUAACUUACCUGUACAGAUGUUUUCUUGCUGGAAUUUUGUACAGUUAGUGUUUUUGUAAGCUGACAAGGGUGAAAAUGUUUAAUGUAUAAAUAAAAUGUGCUUUUAUACAUAUACAUUAACAACAUGGAUUUUUAAAUAGGCUUUUUAUAUUUUCUAUAAGGUGUAAGACAGGAAGGAAUGGGACCAUUUUUUUUUCCCCCACCUUAAAGUAAUCAAAAGUUUUACAUGAUUCUCCUGCAAUUGCUGCACAAGUGAUUUCCUGUACUGUGAUUAAAUGGAAAUACUUACCAUAAUGAUUAAUUAGUAUUAGUGCUAUGUUAAAGGAGGAAACUACAUAAAUGCCAGCGUUCCUGCUGCUAAAACAGAAUGGAGAAUACAGUUUAAAAGUUUCACUGCUGUGAACUG